AUGGUUGCUGGGUACCAGCGGCUGAAUGAAAAGAAAUCACAACCGAAUCCCAAUGUUGUCUUCAUCAAGCCCUUAGAUGGUCCAGACAAACAGAUAGCCCAGGACUUUCUUGAGAGAAUAGCAGCACAAUGCCGUCCCAUUAUGCGAGAAAACCAUCUGUACGUUACUUCGCUAGAGGAGUACGAGCCAAAUCGUGAAUUCGUUGGACGGAAUUUUAAUGCAGGCGAAGUCGUGCAACUCGUUCUCAAGUCGCCCAGCACUGGCCGCUGGCUACCCUUCAAAUAUGUGCAGAUGGUCAUGAUGCAUGAGCUGGCACAUUGCAAGCAAAUGAAUCAUUCAAGAGCAUUCUGGACCGUUCGAAACGUGUACGCUUCUCGAAUGCACGAGCUUUGGUCCAAAAACUAUACCGGAGACGGUCUAUGGGGAAGGGGUGCCAACCUUGCCACUGGUGAAUGGGAAAAGAAUAGCGUGCUUGCUGAUGAGGUUCUACCAGAGCAUCUCUGCGGAGGUACUUACAGAUCACGUCGCAAGAGACGGGCCAAGCCGCAACUGUCCUACCAGGAACGAAAGGAAAGACGAAUCUUGAAGAAGUUUGGCAAGAAUGGGGUCGCUCUCGGUGCCGAUGAAGAAGAAAAGGUCAAGUUAGAGAGUGGCAGGAAGCUUCAAGCAAAACCCCGGGUUGCGGGAAGCAUGAGAGGACGCGAGCUUCGGGCGGCGGCGGCACUCGCUCGCUUCGAAAAGCAAAAUACAGAGCCUGAGACCAUCAAAGAUAAUGACGAGACAGAUUCCGGGAGCGGCAGCGAAUUUGAGUACGAGCCUGGAGAAGAUUCUAAGGAUGCUGUCGAUGUGAAUGGUAAGAGACUACUUGAUGGACAAGGCUGCGGCAUGGUCAAAGUCUGUAAAGAUGAGGAUAGAGAUGAUCCUGGGGCUAGAGAUGAGAGUCGGGAACUUCUAAGAAUGAUUAGGGGCAUCAAGAGGGAGUCCCCUGAGUCACAAGUUACAGAACCAUCUCAAGAACCUAAGCCUCAAGUUCUCAACAACCAGUCACCGCCAAUAGCGGCACUUGCUAGGGCUACCAAGGUAGAACCCACAAGAGGAUCUAAGCAGCCUGAGAUGCCAACGACAUCAACAAACAAUGCAAAAGCCACCAAAGGGCCCCCGGUUUCGCCCCCCCAGGGUUCAGCUCAGCCAGCCGACUCGACAAGCAAACAGGCACGCUCUGGCGGAACUUGCUCCAUGUGCUCUUACGACAAUCCUAAUUUAGCACUUACAUGUGCAAUGUGUGCCAAUGUAUUGGACGCCUCAACAACAGACUCGUGGCAGUGUUCAAGCGACGCGUGUAAAACUACACAGUAUCGCAAUGCUGGCGAUUGUGGGGUUUGUGGGUUGUGUGGUCAAAGAAGAGCAGAGGCUGCGUAA